AUGUUCGAAUUAGAGUUGAUUUUAAGCUUGUGUGGGCAACACAGCAAACAGUACAAUGGACACGAAGACUUUGGCGUUUAUGUACUCAAAUUCCCUGGUGAUCUAAUUUCAAGCGCCCACUACGAAUUCCACGAUGGUCUAGGAAUCAAUGCCCUGCAACGCAUUGAGACGCUAGCUGUGCAGAAUCUGGAUCAGACGACAGCUGAGGCAAUGGCGCUGCGAGUACGGGCCCGCCAUUACUUGUCAGUUGUCGGAUGUGGUGCCGAGGAGAUCGCUGCCGAUCGCUUUGUGGAUCCGGGGUCGUCGCGAACUCCCAUUUUGGGAGAUGAGACGAGUUUCGGAAUGAUCGCCCAUCGCCUCGGCUCGACUUGCAACUCCGCCAAGGCACCCAGUGCAACCUCGCAUUGGCCUCAAUCAGGGGGAAGUUCAUGA